AUGGAAAAACUUGCAACAACUCCAGAACAAAUUGAAGAAACAAACCAUGUCAGCUUCAUUCUUCCUUCUAAAAAAUCAUUAGAAGGAUUAAGUAGGACUCCUUCUUUAAUGUCAGUUUCUUCUGAUAAUUUCACUUUAAAACAGCCACAUUAUCAUGCUCUUUAUCAACCUUCAUGGCGUGAAAAAUUGGCUGUUGAGCUUGAUAAUACUGCUAUCGGUAGUAUCUGGAAAAUAGUGGAUGCUUUUCUCAACAUUUUAUUAUGUAUUAUUUAUAUAGCACAUACUGGUCAUAUGAUGAAAUCUUUGCCGCUGGUGAAUGUGUGCUUGGAAGUAAUAGUAUCAUUGCUGUUGAUAAUAGAAUAUGUUCCAAAAUUUUACAUUUAUGAAUUUGAAUCAUGGAAGUCAUUUUUCACUAGCCCUAUUCCACUCCUAACAAUCUUGACAGUCUUUCCUUGUGCUGCCACUGCUCAUGAUCCCGUAUUCCAAGAAACUCGCUACAUUGUAUUUUUUUAUCCUUUUCGAUUUAUUCGAUGCUAUUUAUCUGUAUAUGAUUGUUUAGUUAGAAGCGAGAAAUCUAUCAUCAAAAUUGGUCAAGUUACCACUGUUUUCUUCACAACUAUUAUGUUGGGAACUGUUGGUUAUCUUAGUGACAUAGUACCUGAUAAUGCUUUCCCUAGAGUUCUUCUUUUGGUGAUAUUUACAACUGGUCUUAUAUUUAUUCCGUAUUCUAUAUCUGAAUUGAUUAUUCUAAUACGCUCAAAAUCUAUUUAUGAUAGACCAUUCAGAAAAAUAUCACAACAACCUCAUGUCAUCAUCAUUGCUCCAACUAUAGAAUUACCCUCAUUAAAACAUUUUUUAAAGGAAUUUUAUUCAUUAGCGCAUGGUCUUGCAACCGUUAAUACAAAAGUAGUAAUUUUAAAUCCUGCACAACCAAAUGACCGUGUAAAGUCAUUUUUAUCAGAUCCUUUAUAUGCACAUCGUGUACAAUACAUUAGGGGUAGUUCACUCGAGUCGCGUAGCUUAAAAAAAGUAAAUGCAAAAAAAGCCUCUGCGUAUUUUAUUUUAGCCAAAAAAUUUACACAACAAAGCGAUACUAUUGAUGCAGAAAAUGUUUUAAAAGCAAUGGCAUUAAGUAAAUACGAUGAAGGUCCUAAACUUUACAUUCAAUGUAUUCUUCCAGAAAAUAAAAUUCAUUUUGAAAGUUUAAAUCCUGAAUUAAUAUUAUGUAUAGAUGAGUUAAAACUUGCCAUACUUGCUCACUCAUGCUUAACUCCUGGAUUUUCAACACUUUUAUAUGGUCUUACAACUACGUUCACUUAUGAAUCAACUCACGAAUUGAGAAAUAUUAAAAAAGAGUCAUCAUCUGGUUUGGAAAAUGACUAUAUUGAAGAUUAUAUCGAAGGCAUCUCUCAAUCUAUCUACACCACAACCCUAUCAAAUUAUUUUGCAGGUUCUACAUUUCAUGCUGUUGUUGGUCGUUUGUACGAAAGUUUAGGUGUUGUACUAUUUGCUAUUGGUAUUCCUCAACAACAUUUUCCAAUUGGAUCAUCAAAUAAUACAUCACAUGAAGAGGGCGAUUGUGACGGAGAUGCCAAGAACUAUAUGGUUUUAAUUAAUCCUGGAAAUUAUAUUGUAAAAGGUGACGAAGUUGGAUUUAUAAUUGCUUGUGAUGGUGCGCUGGCUGAAGGUGUUUCCAAUUAUGAAUGGCAUAAUUUGCAUGUUCGAAACAAUGAGAAUAUAUCUUCUGAGCCACAACAAAUUCCUUCAGAAAGACAACCAUUAUUGUCAUCCGACACGUUGAAAAAUAAUAACGGUGGCUCAUAUUAUGAUAUAAAGAAAAAAUCGGGCCGUCCUACAAGCCCUGAUAAAACCCAUCACGAAUAUCCUUACAAACCAGAUACUAUUACACGUCAUCAACGCGCGCUUUCUACCCCUCUUGCUUUUGCAUCAGACUUUGAUCAUAAACAACAUUACAAGCAGCACCAUCAUCACACUAUAGAUCCCUCUUCCUCCUCAUCAAAUGCUCUUGAUAGCGAACACAUAAAUUCAAUAUUGGAUACAAUCAAUGAACAUAUCCUCUUGUGUGAUUAUUCAACUGCAACUUUUCCACGUAAUUUGGAUUGUUUUGUUAGCCCAUUACGUAAAUCACAUUUGGAUAAGUUUAAACCAAUUGUGAUUCUUUCACCAACAAGACCUACAACAAGUCAAUGGAAAAUUUUAAGUCAAUUUGAUCAAGUAUAUUUUGUUCAAGGAAAUCCAAUGACACGAGAAGGUCUUGAACUUGGCAGAGUUAGAUUUGCAAAAAAAGCUGUUAUAUUAACCGAUUCUACUAAAAUUUUAAAAGAUGGAGAAAAGACUGAAGACGCACCAGCAAUGUUGGUUUACUUGAACAUUAAGGCAAUGUCUAUCGAGGAAGACAUCGAUGUGAUUGUAGAGUUUGUACAUACGAACAACAUGAAGUUCGUUUCAGAAGACACGUCAGCAGUCAUUGAUAAGAAUAUUAAUGCACAUAAUUCACCAGCUUUCAUGGCAGGAACUUGUUUUUCUUUAUCCAUGUUGGAUAGCAUAAUAUGUCAAUCAUUCUAUCAACCACAUCUAGUUGCUAUCAUUAACCAAUUACUUUUUGGAGCUCCUCCACUUCAACUUUCUUCAGGUACAACUUGUUCUGCGCCUGCUCAUUCACACAUUUUUCAAAUUCCUGUCCCCGUAAGAUUUAUAGGUUCACAAUAUGGAUCAAUGUUUCAUUUCUUAUUGGGCGAGAAAAGAGCUAUUCCUUUGGGUCUAUAUCGUACCAAUAAAUUUAUAACACCAAAUGGUAAAACCAAAUAUUCUAAAUAUGUAUAUACUUGUCCCAGAUAUAAUGUAAUAUUGAGAGAUGAUGAUAAAGUUUUUGUGUUGAGUAAACAAAUUCCAUCUAUAUUGUAA